AAUAUGUACUCGUUUUAUAUCAAAUAUUUUGCAUUACAAUUCAUAACUCGAAAGUAAUAACUUGUACAACGUUUUAUCAACACACAAUGUUGGCGUUUUAUUUUCUUUUGUUGGCAUCAGCGUACAGCUUUCUUCUAGAGAAUCCACAAGGAAAUGGAGGGACAACAAUCACAAAUCAGUACCUAACAAUAUCUAAAUUUUAUGAGGAGAUGAAGCUCCAGCAAGCAGACACAGCAAACGUGCAUCGAGAAACAAUAAAACUUCGACACGAUACGGACAACUCUCUAACGUUGCUUACUUUUCAACUGCAACAGAAAUUUGAUCUUCUUGAUAAGAAGUUGGCUGAAAUUGCAAGACACAACGAUUCUAAUUCGGAUUUUAUUAACUUGGAACAAAAGUAUAUACAGUUAGAACAAAAGUAUUCGAAUCUUGAACAGAAUUAUAUCACACAGGGACAUGAAUUAGCGAUGUUAAAGAACACUUUACAAGCUAAUCACAAUACGUCAAUUAAGGAUUUAGGCACGCAAAUUAAGACUUUACAGAAGAAUCACAAUGCGUCAAUCACGAAUCUAGGUAUUGAACUGAAAAAUGUUGAGAAGAAUCAAAAUAUUCAUUUCGUUGAUGUUGAGUCGAAGAUGCGCGCAGCAACCAUUAUGAAUAAUCAAACUUUUAUACAUUUACAGCAACAGAUAGACAAUAGCACGGAACAAGUGGCAAUGACUGCACAUCCUUCAUCUAACUCAAACAAGGCUGGUAUUAUUAAGUUUGACAACGUCGCGUUCAGCGUUGGCAUCAAGAGCCUAACAGCGUUUAAAAAUAGCGGGAAGUUUGUAUGUGAGAAGGAAGGACUAUACAUUUUGUCUGUAAAAAUCUACUCCAAUACCAAUGGUGCUCAUUUUUACAUUUCCCUAAAUGGUAAUACUAUAUCGUACACAAAUAUUAGUUUUAACGGCAACCAUCCUUCAGCAAUGGAAAAUACCGGUACUGCUGUUCUAACAGUACAGUUACGACUUAAUGACAGUGUGUGGGUAUUUUAUCCACGUGCAUCUCAUGUUGCAGGCAGUGCAUGGUCAACAUUCACGAUUGUUAAAAUUAAAUAA